AUGCAAAAAUUAAUUAAUGAUGUACGAAAUUGUAAUGAAUUUACAUUUGAUACUGAAGGUGAAAAAUCAACCAAACAAUUAGCAUUAAUUCAAAUUCAAACAAUACCUCAACAAUUACCAUUUUUUGUUAUAUUAGUAGAACUUGCACAUUUAUCACCAAUUCGUUUAUUAAUUCAUUUACAAAUUAAACAAUUAUUUGAAUUAAUUUUUAAAUUUAGAAAUAACAUAUAUUUUUGGGAACCAUUACGUAAGGAAAUUUAUCCAGCUAUUGUUUAUCAAUGGUUUGAAUGGCCAAUUAAAACAUCAGUGGUUAAUCUUCAACUUAAAUUUGCAGAUUGGUACAGUUGGGCACUAUCUCAUUGUGAGAUGUGUAGCCUGUCAAAUCGUCGUAAUGCUAUUAUUAAUGCUAUUAAUUCUGAUGAACAAAUGAAUUUAUUAUCAAAAUGUACUUGUCAUAAACCAAGUCCUUAUCGUCCUAAUGAACCAUAA